AUGACUGCUCUUCGAGUUUUUCCUUUUAUUGGUGCAUUUGUUGCUGUUGCUGCAGUUGUAUUAGCAAUUAUCGGUGUCUCAACUACCUAUUGGUUUUCAGCUGGUGUUGUACAUUCAGGUCUUUGGCAAAAUUGUGCUGCCAAUGGCUGUUUUCGAUCUGAAGGUGGAAAAGCAGCUGCUAUGGCUGUUACAGCUUUGAUUGCUAUGGUUAUUGCAGCUAUUUUAGCUGUUUUCAGUGGUUUAGCAAGAAAUAAAUCAGAUGCAAGCAACAAUAUGGCUCGUCUUUGUGGUAUUAUAUCAGUUGUAUUACUUUUUUCAAGUGGUGUUCUCAUUGCUGCAUCACUUUAUGCAGCCAUUGGCCUCAAAUUUGCCACUGGAUAUUCAUUUACUCUUAUGGCUAUUGCUCAAUUUUUGAGUUUUCUUGGUGCUAUGCUUGUUGCUCAUUGGAUGGGACAUUCAUUUACUGUAAUCAGUUAA